AUGAGCAUAAGGGAUGUAUUUGGUGUAAUUGCGUUUCUUGUUGAUAAGUUUGAUAAGCCUUGCGAGGCCGUAGGAGGUGAUUCCACUAUACGGGGAAAUAGAGCUCAAUAUGUUUCAUUUACACCUCCCUAUCUAAGCUCUGAAGUUUAUAUGCUGGUGGAUGCUACACAAGAAUCACACCAAACGUUCAAGACCUUCUUAAGACCAUUUACCAACAGACUAUGGAUCACACUAGCUUGUGCGUUUAUCUUAUUCGGAAUCACGCUUGCCAUUUUAGAAUACCGAGCUGGGAACCCUAAAUUUGCUAGCCCGUUCUAUAGGCACCUCAUCAUGAUCAUGUGGUUUCCUAUUUCGACAUUCUUCUUCGAAGAAGGAAAGAUAUUUAACAAAUGCUCGAAAGUGGUUCUAGUUAUGUGGUUUUGUAUGAUAUUCAUAGUAUUUCAAGUUUUUACAGCCACUUUAUCCUCAUGGUUGACACUUAAUCAAUUGCGUCCCAAAUUACCUACAAGCGUUGAAAAUGUAGGAUAUCCAGACGGGUCAUUUAUUAAAGAUCUUAUUAUUGAACGACACAAUAUUAAUCAAAACAAGCUACGAUCGCUCAAUGGUUAUAAAGAGUACAAAAUUGCACUAUCCAAUCAUAGCGUAAAUGUUGUAUAUGAUGAGCUCCCUUACAUUGAUCUCUUCCUUUCCAAGUAUGGGUCUGGCUACACGAAAUAUGGACCUAUUAAUCAGGAAUCCGGAAUUGCAUUUGCAUUCGCCCAUGAAUCACCUCUAUUAAAAAUCUUUUCCGAGGCAGUCAUCAAUGUCACCGAAAGUGAUAUUAUGAUAGAUAUGAAGAAAAAGUAUCUUGGAAUAUCCACUCCUGAUGAAUCACAACCUAAUAGUGAUCUUCCACAAAGUCUUGAUGUUCAAAGUUUUCUCGGAUUAUUAAUAUUCAUUGGGAUUGUGAUGAUAGUUGCUAUUAUCGCAUCAGAAAUUUCCCACUUUAAAGGAAAUAAGAAAGUCCAAGAACAAGAUGAAGAAGCAGCGGAGCCGAAAGAACUAGCUAAGCUACAUGUGAACAAGCUUCGUAUAUUGAGGUUGAAAAAAUACUUGAGGGAAUGCUUAUGGAUAAACGGGAAGUACAGGAGGUUGAAGCAAGAUUUGCAAAGAAUGAAAUCAAGGGUGGUAAAAGAAAAUACAUUUUUAUAGGGAUUAAUCAUUAAAUGACUAACUUACUUUUACUUUUGUACAUGGUUGUCCAUUAAGCUCGAAUUUUGAUGUGUAUUACCAACAAACUUUUUAAAUUUGUACAUGGUUGACUAAACCUUAAAAAAAACUU